AUGUCAACCCCAGUACAUGCAGCGAGUUUCCGGUCCUCGAAAGUCAAUUCUCGACAAUCCAGCCACGCUGUGCGUCGAACAACUACUACAGACUCGAGUCUUUCAAGCAGUAGACUCUGUCACCUCCAACGAAUCGACGAUGUCAUUCACCUCUCCCCUCAACGGAAGGAGGAGAUGCUGGAGCUUAUGCAAGAUAUGGAACGUCAAGUGGUCCGCUCCAUGAUGGGAAGCCACGAAUCCUUGACACUCUGGAAGCCUCAUAUGCGCAAGAAAGGUAUCGACUAUUACGUGGACGAAAAAGUCGGCGAAGGACUCACUCGGUUCUGCUGUGUGGGGCAAACGAACGUCCCCGUUCCCAACAUUAUGGAGAUGUUCAUGGUCACCAACACUGAGACGUUACUCAAGAACAUGCGGAUCAUGUAUCGGAACGUGAAAAAAGCCAAGAUCUUGUCGGUUCUUAAACCAGCAACACGGUCCAAUCCCUACAGGUCCGUGUACAUCCGAUACGCGAGCUUCGACACCCCCACACUUAUGAACGCGCGUGAUAUCUGCGUCUGUGUCUGUACUAACCUCAUCAAAAAGAACGACGGCUCCACAGUUGGCUAUUGCCUAUGGAAUUCUGUGGAUAUCCCAGAAUGUCCGGACAGAUUCGAUACGGAUAAAAUAGUCCGGAGCAGGAUGUGGAACUCCGGAUUCUUUUUACGAAAUUCGGGAGAAGCCAACGCCAUGACCAGAGUGUGCUACCUCAUUGGUGCCGAGAUCAAGGGAGUGGUUCCGCAGCUAACUGGACGGAUCUACAUGGCCAUCUUCGGAGGCAUUUGCCAUCGAGUUUGUCAGCACUACAGGAGGCGGUUUCGGAAUCCGGAAAACUUCAAGCAUCACUCAAAAUGGACUCCAAAGAACGAAGUUUUCCAGUGCUAUGUGUGUGGUCGAGCGUUCUACCCGUUGAUGAAGAAAUACCAUUGCGUGAAAUGUGGAGAAGUGAUCUGUGGACGAGAACGCUGCUUCUUUAUGGAAGAAGUGAGUGUGCGAGGUGCUGGGAUCACUCGCGUUCGUAUCUGUCAAAUCUGUUUGGAGGAGGCGAAAAUGUUAGCGUGGCAUCUUGGCGCCAUUGGAACUUGUGACAUCCUCAACAGCGACGGAUCUGGAGUUAGAGAUCUCCUGGGGGUUGACUCGGUAUCGAUUUCAAGCAACAGGUCCGAUUUGACGUAG